ACACACUCGUAGAUCGAAUCCCAUGGCGCCUCCCACCCACCGCCUCCUCCGAUCUCUCCGCCCCUUCGUCUCCUCCUCCCGCCUCCGCCUCCUCGCCUCCCCCUUCUCCUCCUCCGCCGCGGCGGCGGCGGUGGCGGCGGCGGAGGAAGAGAAGAAGAGCCCUUGGAGGGAGGCGGACGACGUGAUCUACGUGCGGCGGCCGAGCUCCGCGGCGGCGGCGACGAGGGACUCGACCUCAGUGACGAUGCCGAUGGCGUUCAUGACGGGGUCCGUCGUGGGGAAGCGCUUCUACAAGGAGGUGACCACGCGCUUGGCCGAUGAUGGGAAUGGGUGGACGGUGAUGCUCGAUUAUAGAACCCUAAAAACCCCUGCGAAGAGGGUGCUUAACCUCCCAUCUCUUGCCCUAGCCAAGGCGAUCGCUGCCGAGUGGGAGUACCAGCAAACAGAUGGCAUUCGGCCUUUCACGAUGCCUCUCAUGAAGCUUGCAUGUACGGCGCUGGAAAGGGUUCCACUCACACGUGUAAGAGUCAUUGAGAAUUUGAUGAAGAGGUUUCAUCAAGAUCUUGUGUUUUGCCGUUCUCCAGGUGAUAGUGAUUUGACGAAGGGAGUACGUGAAAAACAGGAAGAGAAAAUCGACCCUAUACUUGAUUGGGUGCAAUCUGAAUUCGGAUCUAAACCAGUUGUGUACACGAGCUUUUUCGGUGGUAAGCAGGAUGAGGGCCUUACUAGGGCUGUCGAAGAUGUUCUAAAGAAAACAAAUGAUUGUGAACUAGCAGUGAUUGAUGCGAUGGCCGCUGCGGCACACUCAUUGGUAAUUCCUUUAGCAAUUUUUCGUGGAAGAUUGGGAAUUGAGGAGGCCAUUGAUUUGAUCAGGCUUGAAGAAGAUCUCCAGGUGGAUCGAUGGGGGCUGGUUGAAGGAGGCCAUGACGUUGAUAUUGCUGAUCUGAAGGUGCAAAUGUCAUCUGCUGCUGUUUUUCUUGGACUUUCGCGGAGAUCAUAAUUCUUCUACUCUAUUUUGAAAUUUUACAGUAUGCGAAGAUCAAGUGGAAUCUACGAUAAUUUUCUUUCAAGAGCUCACCACUUCUACCAACCGUCCUUAGAGCAAGUGACAAAAGGCUUGGUGGUUGGUAUUCAAGAUCCAAGUUCGAAUCCUAGUUGAUUUACAUUUUCAGCUAAGUUUAUUUCUAAAUGAAAUAAACGAAGCGGGUAGCGUGCUACCUAUUUCUCAAAAAAAAAAAGAAGAGCUCACCACUUCUUGUACGGACGAAAAAGUUACGAUGUCGUCCAACCAUCGCCCGAUCUCAUGUUCGCCAA